UAUUCUCAUUCGUGUUGGACUUUAAAAGAGCCAGUCGCCACGCAGGACCCGACAGAGCCGCAAACAAACCCCCUCUUCAACCUGCUCCGGUCGGACCUACAAAACACGACAAAAAAAUGGCGUGUAUUUCCUCUUUAAUAACGACGGGACUUUCCCGUUAACGUGCAGCUCAGCUGUCGAAACGAAGCUUUCGGAGAAACGGCCUCCUCACGGCGGAUAUCUCCCCUCUUUUAAUCCUCCUUUUUUCUUUUCUUUUUUUUUUAAUGAGGAUUUUCAAGAUGGCUGAUGACAGCUAACAAGGACAGAGAGGCGACGUCCCCUUUAAGAUUAGGAGGGCUUUUUUUUCCUCUCCCUGUACUCUUAAUCAGUUAAAAAUAUAUAACGUUAUAUAUAUAUAAGAUAUGACUGCUUCUAAUAAAUAAUGACCACAGCUUACACGAAGCGUCCUCUCGGGUUGAUCUAGUGUUUCAUCCUGUUACCUGUGCGCUGGUGAGGUGACGUCUAAAGGUAAUUUACACCGUUUUAUCCGAGAUAAGGAAGUAGGGAAACACGUUGUUUGCUAAAGGCUGAGCCGACGAGAGGUGAAUACGGUUGAGGCCACUGGGUGAAACGGUCAUCCUGAUCUUUGUGUGAGGAUUUAUUUGAUAUAUGUGUCGGAGUGGGGGGACCAGGAGCCUCUGCAACAGAAGCCAACAUUCCUGCGGAUCCUAAAACCCUUUGUUUUGUGCGCAGGAGGUGGACUCGAUUAUUAAAACGAUUAACUAUGCAGUAAACGGGCUCGAGAUCAGGGCUCCGGGGGUGAUUUUUUUCAUGUUUAAUGAGAUUACAAGGCCUUUGUUGUCGACAGAAACCUGGUAGGACGAAGAGAAGGAGCGAAGGAGGAAAAAAACCGAGGCCUUGUGUACAGAUAUGCGAGCUUUGCCACACAGCAGGCGUUAUUCAGCUCGUAGAAAUGUGUCUUUUUUUGUUGAAUUGAAGGGGCUGAAGGAAGCCUGGCUGUCGAUCUGACUCGUUGGACAGUGUUUAUUGUCUGCUGCCAAACCGUCGCUGGUUGUGUGUGUGUAGUAAACUGCAGGUGGAGGAUCCUCGGAUACUUAUUUGUGAUUCAACGGACAAAAGCUUCGCGCUGCGUUGAGAUUAUUGACGGAUUCAAGCGCCCUUGAGGUCCAGAUUUUAAAAAAUCCGGUUUCGUGUUUUUUUGCUGCUAAAAAGACUCUUUGUGUGGGUAGUAAUCAGGGUGUGGGCCGGACUGGAGCAGUCUGUUUUCUCGUGGUUUUCAUGCUUCGUUUGUCGGUCUGAAUUUGAUCCACAGUCGAUUAUAAUCCGAAACUCUCAAGGUAAAAGGGCCCGAGCAGGCAGCGAGGAAGUGGUACAAGGAUCAACUGUCUUUUCAUGUGCUACACAGAGAUUGAUUCGGCUCGUGAUCAUACAAGUAGAUAUGUAGAUGUUUUUCUCUGUGCCUCGAUUGCAUUUCAUGGUUUUACCUGCAGCUGACAGGCUUUUAGCUUCCUGUAGGCCUAUAAACGCACAGAGGGCCCAGUGUGUGUAUGUGAGAGAUUUAGAGGAAAGGAAAGCACCGUUUACUGUAAUCUGUGUAACAUCAGCUCCUGCUGUGCGUGUUGAAAUCACCAAGGUGUUGUAAUCUUUGCCGUCUCUGCUUACAUUUUCUGGAUUUUGUUGCCUUCCUGCUGCAGCAGUGAGCACUACUGGUCACCUGUCAGGGAGUCUCGUUUGGUGUGGUCACAAGGGUUGAAAUAUAUAUAUAUAUAUAUAUAUAUAGACUGAUCUUUCAGGCUGGCAUCGGGUUUGUUUAAACAAAAUAUUUCCCCCCCCCCAAGACUUGUGUCGAGCCGUGUUUUCCUGCGAGGACCGAGAGGCCUAAGGGUCCGGUAGAAGUGGGGAACAGUUAGUGUAUGCCUGCCCGCACCAUGAUGUCCUCUGACAUGGCUGAGACGUGGAGGAACUGUUUUGAGGAGGAGCUCAUCUGCCCCAUCUGCCUGCACGUGUUCUCAGAUCCCAUCCAGCUGCCCUGCAAGCACAACUUCUGCCGGGGCUGCAUCAGCGAGGCCUGGGCCAAAGUGUCCAUGCUGGUCCGCUGCCCCGAGUGCAAUCACGCGUACACGCAGAAGCCGAGCCUGGAGAAGAACCACAAACUGUCCAACAUAGUCGAGAAGUACAACGCCCUGAGCGUGGAGAAGCCCACCGCGCCGGCGCUGCAGUGCAUCUUGUGCCGCCGAGGCCCGCCGCUGCCCGCCGUGAAGGUCUGCCUGCGCUGCAACGCCCCGUGCUGUCAGUCCCACGUCCAGACGCACCUGCAGCAGCCGUGCUCGGCCCUCGGGCACCUGUUGGUGGAGGCGGAGGCGGUGAAGGCCUGGACCUGCCUGCAGCACGACGAGUACAGGCUGUACCACUGUGAGGCCGAGCAGACGGCCGUGUGCCAGUACUGCUGUUUCGCCCGCUGCCACCCCAGCCACGGCCACGCGGUCACCGACGUGGAGCUGCGACGCAACGACAUCAGACAAAGCCUGUUAAGGCAGCAGGAGCGCGUGGAGGAGCGCGUGCAGGAGAUCGAAGAGCAGCUCUGCAAACUCGACUCUGACAAGUGUGUGGUGGAGGACCGGGUGUGUGAGCUGAAAGAGGAGGUGCGCCUGCAGUACCAGCGGAUGCACCAGCUCCUGGAGGAGGAUCUCGGUCGGACGCUGGAGGCUCUGGACCGGGCUCAGGCUCGGUUCUGCCAGGAGAACGCGGCCCAGGUUUUGGCUCUGGGCGAGCAGCGCCACGAGGCCCAGAAGCUGCUGAGCUCCAUCCACACGGCCUUCAAUAAGGCGGAGGAGCUGAGCUUCAUGAAGAACACCAAGCCGGUUAAAAUACUCACAGACAGGUCUCAGGCGUGUGUGGGCAGCAGCCUCCCUCCUUACAAAGUGGGGAAUCUAAACUCUAAACAAUUCCUAUCUGAAAUCUCAAAAAGAGAGAAGAGCUUAAAGAGAACGCUGGAAGUCCCCCUUACCCCUCCCUCCACCUUCCUGCAGUCUGUCCCUGCGUAUUCCAGCGGUCAGAGCUCCGGCUCUGGAGCAGAGAAACGGAAACAUUCCACUGCCUUCCCAGAGGGGAACGGCAACGUCGGAAAGACCGCCACUCCGGGUUUCAAGGACUCCUCCUCUUCUUCCUCAUCGUUAGCCAAACAGCCCUAUCUGGGCUCCGGCUCUGCCUCCGGAGAAGGUCAGUCCACCAAUCAGCAGCCUCUGGGCCCCUGCGGCCCGCCUCACAUCGGUGAGAGCGGCGGGACAGGAAGUGGAAGCGGCUCUCUGACCAACCACCAUUCAGGCUCUGUGUUCGGCUCCUCGCACUUUCCUCCCGGAGGCAGCGGCUCCUCGCACUCCUCCCAGCAGGCCGUGCUGCCUCAGUAUGGCGGGCGUAAGAUCCUGGUGUGUACGAUGGAUAACUGCUACUGCUCCGGCGUGCCGUCGGUGUCGGGCCACCGCAGCCAUCCCUCGUACCCGCGCUCUGGCUCUUUUCCCUGGGUCAGCACCCAAGACUACCCCCCGCCUCCCGGCCUGGCCUCUGGAGGUCCGUCCAUGCAGGGCUUGGCAGUGAGGGACUGGAUAGACGCCUCGCAGACGCACAGACACGCAGAUUUUUAUGGGCUGUAUGGGCAGCCCUCAACAAAGCACUAUGUCACUAGUUAACAAAGUAGACAUACACACACACACGCACACGCUUGGAAAUAGAGACAUGCACCAAAAUAGCACACCGUUACCGUCUUAUUAACCGGAAACAAGUUAGAGUAUACACACAUUCAAAUAUUACGAUUUGUCAACACACACACACACCAAUCUAGAACAUGUACACACAUUCGGGGUCAGGGUUGAUCUCUUGUGUGUUUUUAUUUUCUUCUUUUCUUUAUUUUCAGUCAGUGUUUCAUGUAGUGUAUUAUAUGUAAAAAUGCAAGCCAACACGCUCACUCUGGCACAACUUCACUCAGCGUUUUACACAUGAACAAGAGAGGCCUCAGAGAAGAUGGAGACAUGCAUCCUUUUAUUAUUUAUAGAGCAGAAGAUGGAUUGAUAGAAAAUCAACUUUUGUUAGAAAACGCCUCUUCGGGGCUGUUCACCCACGACGCUAAAGGAAAAGAGAUGACAACCGUGCAGUGUUGAGCUUUCCAGUUUAGCGCCUCAUGUUUCUGUGUAAUCACCCUCUAGUCGGACUGAGAUCAAUUGCCUUAUUUUAUUAUUGGCAUCAUGUUUGUUUUCUUCUGCCCGGCUCACUUUGUUUGGUUUAUCCUUUUAAAAGAAGGACUCUCGUUUUCAUGGCCAUGGCACCUCAUCCCUUCUUUGCCGAGUUCAGGGAUGGAUCGUACGGCUUGAACACAAAACGCUCUUCCAUGGAACACCCACAAUGCACUUGUGGACGCCUUGUUAUGCCUGGACUACAGAUGCGGACCCACAGAGGGACACUGGAGCUGCAUCUGAAGGGCCGGUUGACCCUGGCCCAAAGAGUUUUGAGGAUUUGGCCCUGACGCUGAGCACUCCCCUCCUGCUAUCAGGCUUCCCAUCGGACAGAAAACCGUCUUCUGACAAAGACUGUUUCCAUUUAGUAAUUACUAUGACUUUGUGUUAUUUGGUACAUCUGUAGGUGUCAUGCUUGUCUAGAGACUUUGAUUUUAGAGGAAAAGGCAAGACUGGACAGACCAAACCAAUCAAGCAUCUAAAGGAUCUGAUGAUGCUGUAAUUGUACUUCCUGCAGGGCAAAGAUGUCACUUCCUCUCAAUAAGCACACGAGCUCUUGGCUUCCUGUUUGCAGCAGAAAUCAUGCAAGGAAGAGUUUUUUUAAGCACUCAUAAGAAGAACAAUGGGGGGGGGGAAAUGUAUGCAGUUUUUAAAAUGAGUGUAUGGAAGAAAAGAAGGGUGGGAGGAGUUUUUUUCAUCUAGUUUUUCUAAAAGAUCAAGACUGGACUGCGAGAUGUAAGCAAUUGUCAUCCUAAAAAGGAGCAACGUAAAGAAAAAACAACAACAUAAAAAGUAUCUUUUUUUUGUACAUAUUUUGUGAAAUGGAAAAAUUACAGACGUGAUUUGGAGAAGGGUUCCAAAUAAACAAACUCAUUAAAACCA